AUGUUAAUUGUUAUAGCAGCCGUAAUUGUAGUAGCGAAUUCAAAAUACGAAGAUCAGAAAUUAAUCAGCUUACCAGCUGGCAAACGCUACGGUUUACUAUCUAUUGAUGGUGGAGGUGUUCGGGGUAUAAUAGCUGGUCGAAUUAUUCAUAUACUCGAGGAAGAAAUCGGUAAGAGUGCCUCUGAUUUAUUUGACUUUGCAGCCGGGUGUAGUACAGGCGGCAUCCUAGUUUUGUCGACGAUAUUGAGAAAGACGAGUGGAUCGAAUGUGACAGAAUUAUACAGGCAACUAGCCAAGGAGGUAUUUCCGAAUCAACGACGCAAUCCGUUAAAAGAUUACUCCGCUCGUCCACUGGAAAGACUGUUGAAAGAACAUUUCGGGGACUUAACAAUGGUACUGGACGGAAAUAUAGAAUAUCCGAAAGUAUUUGUUGUCGCGAAGUACAACACUCACACCUCCCCCUAUCUCCUGACAAAUUACAAUUCUAUCCCGAGCAGCUAUUUUGGAACAUCAAAUUGGACUUGCUGGGAAGCUGCACGAGCAACGUCUGCGGCACCAAGUUAUUUUCCACCAUUUGUAAAAAACGGUACAAAUUUUACCGACGGAGGUGUCGGUUUUAACAAUCCUGUGGUAAUCUUGUACGAAGAAGCGUUACGCAUGCUUUCGGAAGAAUUUAAUGAGGACGUCUCACACCGUCGCAUUGCUUAUGUCGUGAGUAUCGGAACGGGAAGAAUGCCGGAUCUCUCCCUCACUCCUUCAGAACACAAGAUCUACUGGCAGUCACGCUUGGCGAAAAUCAUCUACAGCUUGGCUGUGGUUCUCCUGUUUAAGUUUUUUAUCGAUCAAUAUUUUCUACACAAAUCCAGUCGGCUUGCUAUUUUUUUCUUCGUCAUUCUGAUGGCCACCAGUAUAUAUGCACCGCCGCGUAUUGUAAACUACGUCUAUAAAGCAUGGGAUUUAGUGAGCUAUACCACUGAACAGGUCACAGAUGCUCAUGAAACGCAUUUGUUAAUGAAAAAAAUUUGUAAGCGUACAAACAUCCCAUAUUUUCGUUUCAGUCCUGUUCUGAAAGAACGAGAGGAUAUGACCGAUACGAAACAUUUGGAAGAAUGGAUUAGUACAACCGAUAAUCAGAUGAAAGGACCGUAUUAUACUGAGAAAGUAGCGAAACUGAAAAGGUUGAUUUUACAGAGGUAA